GUGUAAUUGAUACAUUUACAGUUUUGUUACAUUAAAAGUAUUCUUUUACAAACAAAAUUAUUAACUGUGUCUAUUGUCCAUCUGUGUGCUUGGGGGUGCUGCCGGUGUGAUCUUUAAAACAUUUUGUAAUCAAAAUGUAAAUAAACACGCAGACAUUGGAUCAAGACGGAAGAACUAUUUAAUAUUGUUCUAAGAGUAUGGAUGCGUCAUCAUUGAGAAUAUAGAUACAUUAGCUUUGUUGAUUGUAUGGGUCUAGACAAAAUUACUUACAUUGAAAUAUGUUGUGUAUUGUACUAUACAUAUUUUUCAAGUUGCGUGUCUUGUACAGAUAGUAUUUUUGAACUCAAACGGUUAUAUGUGUAUGUAACUUCUACUGACAUUACAUUAAAUAAAAAAUAAACAUAGAUUAUGGGGGGGUAACAACUACAUUUUUCAUAGCUGUAAAAUAUCUUCAAAAUUUUACAACACUGUAUUACUUUCCAUAAAACGUAUCAAAGGGCUUUACAGUGUACCGGCUCGUGAAUGGCGGUAACCUUUACUGAACUCUCGCGAUACUACGACGCGGAAGACAUCAGCCGAAUCAUCCGUGCGAGUUAACCGGAGCCGCUUAUGUUGUGCAGCAACCGACGACAGUUCAACCGAAUUGGAGGACUGCGUGGAGUGUUUUGUGUUCACAGCCAACCGGUGAUAGGUCGCUACUUGUUCGGGUUUGCCUGUGUGUGGUUGACGCUUAAGUGUGUGUUUUUCAUGUUGUGCGGCGUGUUUACGCGAGGACUUCCAACUGGCGAAUAGCAUCAGUUCGCCCCAGGAGGGUCAUCGUCAGCGGCGACACCCUCUGCUGCCAUAACUGUUUAAAAGAAGAAACAAAAUGACCGGAGAGAAGAUCCGCUCCGUGCGGAAAGAUCACAGGCCGAGCAAGGACGAGGAUUUACUGGAGCCGGACGAGGAGGCUGCCACCGGGACUUUCACCGCCUCCAAGACGAGCAACAAGAGCCGAGCGAGUAAAAUCUUCAGCAACCACAAGUUGAUCAAGUCCGCCUCCACCCAGCAGCAGAUCAACGCCAACACCAACACGUUGUCAACACCGGACGUCAUCGAUGACAGCAACAAAAACCCCAUCAUCCCAACCGGACCGGACUUCCUGGUGCACGAGUGCGUGUUCCGAGGAGAUGUCCGACGCCUGUCCUCCCUCAUUAGGACGCAGAACAUCGCCCAGAAAGAUGUCCACGGAAACACACCAUUGCAUCUUGCUGUAAUGAUGGGAAACAAAGAAUGUGCCCACCUGCUGCUGGCCCACAACGCACCUGUGAAGGUGAAGAACGCUCAGGGAUGGAGUCCCCUUGCCGAGGCCAUCAGCUACGGGGAUCGACAAAUGAUCACAGCGCUGUUGAGGAAGCUGAAACAACAGUCCAGGGAGACCGUGGAGGACAAGCGACCCAAGCUGCUGAAAGCCCUGAACGAACUUGGAGAUUUUUACUUGGAGCUUCACUGGGACUUCCAGAGCUGGGUGCCUUUGCUCUCCAGGAUCCUACCUUCAGAUGCCUGUAAGAUCUACAAGCAGGGCCUCAACAUCAGAUUGGACACCACCCUGAUAGACUUCACAGACAUGAAGUGUCAACGCGGGGACCUCAGUUUCAUCUUCAAUGGCAACGCCAUCCCCGCCGAGUCGUUCGUGGUGCUGGACAACGAGCAGAAAGUCUACCAGCGGAUACACCACGAGGAGUCCGAGAUGGAGACUGAGGAGGAAGUAGACAUACUGAUGAGCAGCGACGUGUACUCCGCAACGCUCUCCACCAAGUCCAUCACCUUCUCCAGGGCGCAGACCGGCUGGCUGUUCAGAGAGGACAAGACGGAGCGCGUGGGAAACUUUCUGGCCGACUUUUACUCCGUGAACGGCCUGGUGCUCGAGUCCAGGAAGAGACGGGAGCAUCUGAGCGAGGAGGACAUCUUGAGGAACAAAGCCAUCAUGGAGAGCCUGAGCAAAGGAGGGAAUCUCAUAGAGCAGAACUUUGAGCCGGCGAGGAGGCAAUCUAUAACUGCCCCUUCACCCAACACUGCUUCCUGGGAAGAAUACAUUACUGCUGAUAACGGAAGGGCUCCCCAUUUAGGAAGAGAGCUGGUCUGCAAAGAGAGCAAGAAAAACUUCAAAGCCACGAUAGCCAUGAGUCAAGACUUUCCUCUGGGCAUCGAAUCGUUAUUGAACGUUCUGGAGGUGAUCGCCCCCUUUAAGCACUUUAACAAACUCAGGGAGUUUGUUCAGAUGAAGCUCCCUCCGGGCUUCCCUGUCAAACUGGAUAUCCCCGUGUUUCCUACGAUCACAGCCACCGUGACCUUCCAGGAGUUUCGCUACGACGAGUUUGAGCAGUCCAUUUUUACCAUACCCAAUGACUAUAAAGAAGACCCCAGCCGCUUCCCUGACCUUUAGCCUCUUAGACCGCAAACGGACGUUGCGACAAAGGGAACUUUAUGCUACAAAACAUACUUUUAAAUAAAUUUUAAAAAAUUGGAAGAAAAACAAAUAAUGGUUCUGUGACAGUUUGAGGAUUUCCUCUGGGGCACAGAGGUGGAAACCUCCGCAGUGAAAGUUAGUGACCGCAGAGCAGCUGACUUUUUUUUUUGUACAUGGGGUAUAUGCAGAUGACAGACAAUCGGUUGAUUCUAUGUAUUUAAGUAUGUAAGUAAUGUUUAUAAAGGGAAUGUGGUAAAGCACUGUGGGAGACGUGAGAGAGGAAUUCCACCCCCAAAAAAUCUUUUUAGGUACGUUUUCCUGCUAAAGUAGACUUUUAAAAUUCAACCUGACAUGAACUUGUUUAUAAUCUAAUACCCACCUGUCAGGUGUGUACAAGAAUAAUGACACUCGUUUUCUUUUUUGUGUUUUUUUUUACACUCAAUUCUUUAACAAUAUCGAAUUUUGAAGUGUUCCCAAAGAUGUACCAUUUGAAAUUCACAGCGGUGAAAAUCAGUUUUUGGAAAAUGGAGUCUUUUUCGAGGCUGAAACCAUAAAAAUCUUUUGCAGAAUUCCUUAGUGUUUGUUCAUGAGACAUGGCUUUUAAUAAGCAUGGAAAUGCACUAAAAAGACCCACAGCGGCCACUCUGCAUUCAGUUGAACUUCUUGCGGUUCACCUUAAAUCCUGCAUUUGAAUCAUUUUCCGUUCACUCGAGGCGACGCUGGGCACGCUGCAUUUCUGCGGUACCACAAAGUCUUCUUAGUGUUUGGAAGUAAUUGUGUCUACACCUUUUGAACCAUCUGCAACCAUGCUAACGUUCACUAGGGAUUGUAUAGUGGGUACAUAUUCGUGCCGUUUUUACGUCAUAACAAGAACCAGGCUUUUCAUUGCACACUUUGUAAAUACUUGUUUUAUGUCUUUUUUUUCUUUGUUGGUAAUUGUAUGGUCUCCUCUGUAAAAUGAGUUGUUUUUUUGGUUUUAAUGUAGCAUCACAAGUUAAUUUAGUUUGUUGAUAUGGUGGCAGUUAAUAUUUUUGUACGUAAUUGUAAUUUUGAGGAAAAAAAAAUAGAUCUAAUUCUUUUUUUUUCCCUUACCGACUAUCUGAUGAACCUCAUGACCUUCCGCGGGUUUGAUUAACCGUCACCUUCUGAGUGAAGAGCACAAAGCAUCGAGCUUCCUUUGGAAACAAAGUCCAAACGUUGGCUGGAUAAGUUCUUGUUUUAUAGCUGCUGCUACGGUUCAUGAGCCAUUAACUCCGUUGAUACGUAUGUUGUGCUCAUGUUUAGAAUGACGUGGUGGCUCAGUGUUGUUGGAACAUUUGGCUUUUUAAAAAUCCUUAUUCAGUUUCAGCAGAAACAGACAUUGUACAUUUGAUUUGAUACAUUGGUUAAGUUAUUUCAUGAGGACAAGGUCAACCAACAGAACUGGAAGUGUGCCUCCUUACUGACAUGUUGCUAUACGUUUCAUUUCAUGCUCCAUCCUGAUUUCAGCUGCUUGACGUUUCCAUGUCUUCAGAUGGAAAUGUGUCAUCCAUCUACAUGUUGUACAGCAAAGACGGUUGUAUAAGUCUACAGAACUAUUUUCAUAUACAAUGUACUAACAUUAAAAUUCCGCAUAUUUGAAAGAGUUUGGACUAAUGUUUCAAUAUAUCACUUUCUACUGUGACUUUUUAGAACCUCUUUAAAAUGCUGAAAAGAGGAGC